UAAGCAAAUAUCAAAGCCAAAGAAAAACAAUAAUCCCAUUCUCUGACUCUAAAUUCAAGAGAUGGAGAAGAACGUACCAUUAAGCAAGAAGCUAUGGAACAUCGUACGUUUUGUCAUGUACAUGUUACACAAAGGCAUCUCCAAGCAAAAGCUCCUCGCCGACUUUAACGCCACUCUCAAACGCGGCAAGAAUCUCAUGUUCCACAACCGCCGCCGCGUCCCAGCCACCGCCCCAUCACAGCCGCGGAAAGAAUACGAGUUUAGCUGCAGCGACACUCCAAACUAUUCAUUCCCCUUUAGCAUGGCCGCCUUCAAGAAGAAGAGUCACAAAAUUAGUCUCUUCGCGUGUGGCAACGCGCCACCGACCAUGGACGACGAUACCUCUGCCUCCAGAGCCGUACUGGAGCUUCUCAACGGCCUCGGAGGACAAGAACGUAGCAGUAACACGCCGGCUUUGUCCGUCGACACUUUGACGGCGUUGUCUCCUUACUUGCCCGCAUUUGGACGGAGUUCUCCGUCAGUGAGACCUUUACGUGUGACGGACUCACCGUUCCCAAUAGGGGAAGAUGGUGACGUGGCUAACGGACACGUGGACAAAGCGGCGGAUGAGUUUAUAAAGAAGUUUUACAAGAACUUGAAUCAGCAAAAGAAGAUGAUUGAGUUCUCACCUUAUUAAUAAGUGUUUUUCUCUAAAUACUUUAUCUCUAUUUUCUGAGUUAGUUCGAAGUUCGUAUAAUAUUUUUGGAGGGAGUGUGUAUAAUAUUUUUGGAGGGAGUGUGGGUGAUUAGAUUAUCAGAAUAAACAGUCAAUGGGUGACGACUAUACAGAAUGGUGCGUUCUCUAUAUUAACUUGGAAAAUGUAAUGGAUUUUUAAGAGACUACUUAAUUUCUUGAAAUAAUUGAAAUAAUGAGUUUAGAUU